AUGGAAAAGGUAAGCAAUCUUAUCUUGAGUAAGUAUAUAUUUAUUCGUGCUCGCCCUGAAAUAGAAGUAAAUGGAAGGAUAAUUAGACAACGUCAAGAUGUAUCUAAUUAUGGAGUACACUAUAGAGUGAUACAAGAUAGUGAUCUUGAAAUAAUGAUUGUUGGGUGUUGUCGUGAGCUUAAGGUCUCACUAAAAAAUGACGUGACAAAAGUAGUAUGGAAAUUUAUAAAAGAGGGCAAACUAACUAUAGUCACGAAAAAAAGAAUAAUAGUUUAUCUAUCCAAUGGGAAUGAAUACUCUUUACGAAUUUUUGUUCAGUGCAUAUCUGAUAUUUCUUCAUGUUGUUUAUUCCCCCCUUUAACAUGUAUACCUUGUAAUUCCAAAACUCAAAAAAUUUGUGAAGAUAUAAAGGUUCCACAGAAAAUUGAAUCAGUAAAACAGCCUCUAAAAAAAAAGCAACAGCUCCAUCUGGAGAUCUUCAAUAAUAUCAAACCCUUUAAGAUAUCAAGAUAUGAGUAUACUAAGCAGGAUUCAGCUAAUGUAGAAAAUAACACUAUAGUACAACAUGAUUACUUCAGCAAUCUCCCAGAAGACCUCAUUUUUAAAAUUUUAUCAUGGUUAACCAAGCCUAUAUGCUUGAGCAGCGAUGACUUUAAAGUGUUUCCCUUCACAACUACCAUAUUUUACAAAGAUCAGCUAGUAAAAUCAGUAGAUUUACUUUCAGUAAAUAAAAAGUUAUCUAACUUUGUCAAAGAAAAUAUUUGGGAAAUUUCUUUACAAAAGAACUGUCAUCUGUCUGAUUACAUACUUAAAAGAGUAAUAAGCAGCUAUAAAAAUCUUGGUAUACUAAAUAUGACCUUUGCAAAAUUAUCCGAUAAGGAAUUUAGAGAACUAUACUUCACUCGCAAUUUUCCUUCAAUGAUUUUCAAGCUAAAUAUUCAGGGUUGUAGAAUUACAGAUAGAACUCUAAGAAAUGUGCUUUUAAGACUAAGUAAUCUAAAAAUUCUCGAUAUUACUGACUGCUUUUUAAUCAGUGGAAUCACAUCAUUUCCUAUUAUAAGAACAGUAGGAACUCUUGAAUAUUUAAGCUGUGGUGUAAGAAAACUAGAGAAAACUACAUGUACAAUAAAUAAUUCAUCAUUAAUUAGUUUAACAGGACUUGAUAUUGAAACAGUGUACAAUGAAAUCAAAGUAGCGAAAUUUAAUCAAGAUAAGGCUAUCAACAAUGAAGCGAUCAUUGUAAAUAAUCACAAAACUAAUAAAAACUGCUCAACUCCAAUAAAAUACCUGGAAUUACUCAACUGUUUACUAGUUACAAAAAUCUCACCUUUAAUAGCUUUUCAUAAUACGCUUCAAUACUUAAAUCUGCAAGGCUGUGCAAAUAUAGAAGAGAGCGAAUUAAAAAAAACUUUUGGGUCUUUAGAGAGAUUAGAAACUUUAAUUGCUGUUGAUGUUAAGAAUUUUAACGACAGUACUCUCCUUACCUGUAUGGAGUACUGCCCAAAUAUAAAAGUACUGGACUUAUCUGGCUGCAAUAAAUUAACAAGAAAUACAUUAUGUAAGAUUGGGAUUUCAUGGAAAAAUUUAAUAUCACUGAAGUUAUCAAGAUGUGAAAAUCUAGAUAAUAGUGCACUAAGAGCUAUAUUGCGAAAUUGUACCAAUCUUGAAGUCAUUGAUACUAGCAACUGCUGGAAAAUAACAGAUGAUUUAUUUGAAAUUUCUUCUAAUGAUACUAUUCCCAUGAAUCUGAAUAAGUUUGGUAUAUUUAGAUUAUCCAUUAGUAAAAAAAAAGUGUAUGCCUGGUUCAGAAGUAUACAGAAAAUGAUAGAUCCCAGAACAAACAAAGUUCUUGAUAUUAUAGAUAGUAUGGAAAUGCCAACUUCCUAUUUUACCAAUUAUCUAAACCGAGAUUACGAGAGUUUAAUUAGAAAUCAAAGGCCAAUAUGGAUUUCAUAA